AUGAGCGUCCCGAUGGACACAGUCGAUAAGCGCCUAUCAACCGAGAGUACGGAGUUGAAGUCGGAUAUCUCGGGCCUGGAGAAGAAGCUGUCUUCGCUGGAAAUGACGCAUAAGAAUGGUCGGGAGAACCUCGAGCGGAUCCUGAAAUCAGGCGAUAGGGCCUGA